AUGGAGGAUGGCCAAAACGAUAAGGUGAACCUGGCUCACGUCCUGUUUGACCGAUUCGUCCAGGCCACCACCUGCAAGGGGACAUUAAAAAGUUUUCAAGAACUAUGCGACCACCUGGAGCUGAAACCUCGGGACUACCGCUCCUUCUACCCCAAACUCAAGUCCAAACUUAACUACUGGAAGGCAAAAGCUCUGUGGUCGAAAUUGGACAAGCGAGGGUCCCAUAAGGACUACAAGAAGGGCAAAGCCUGCAGCAACACCAAGUGUCUGAUUAUUGGCGCAGGGCCAUGCGGUCUGCGUACUGCCAUUGAGCUCUGCUUCCUCGGGGCCAGGGUGGUGGUGGUGGAAAAGAGAGAUGCCUUUUCGCGAAACAAUGUCCUUCAUUUGUGGCCCUUCACUAUCCACGACCUGCGGAGCCUGGGAGCCAAGAAAUUCUACGGCAAGUUCUGCGCUGGGGCCAUUGAUCACAUCAGUAUUCGCCAGCUACAGCUCAUACUUCUGAAAGUGUCACUCAUCCUGGGAAUUGAGAUUCAUGUCAAUGUUGAGUUCCAGGGUUUGGUUGAACCACCAGAAGAUCAAGAAAAUGAACGUACAAGCUGGCGGGCCAAGUUCUACCCCAAAGGUCAUCCAGUGUCCGAAUUUGAUUUUGAUGUCAUCAUCGGUGCGGAUGGCAGGAGGAACACAUUGGCAGGUUUCCGCAGGAAGGAGUUUCGUGGGAAGCUGGCCAUUGCCAUCACAGCAAAUUUCAUUAACAGGAACACUACAGCAGAGGCUAAGGUGGAAGAAAUCAGCGGCGUAGCCUUCAUCUUCAACCAGAAGUUCUUUCAGGACUUGCGAGAGGCCACAGGUAUUGAUUUGGAGAACAUCGUCUAUUAUAAAGAUGACACACACUACUUUGUCAUGACAGCUAAGAAGCAGAGUCUGCUGGAGAAAGGGGUCAUCUUACAGGACUACGCCGACACGGAGAUGCUGCUUUCACGUGCCAACGUGGACCAGGAGGCACUGCUGAAUUAUGCCACAGAGGCUGCUCGCUUCUCUACCAAUCAGCAGCUGCCCACCCUGGACUUUGCCAUCAAUCAUUAUGGGCAGCCAGACGUAGCUAUGUUCGAUUUCACCUGCAUGUAUGCCUCAGAGAAUGCUGCACUGGUGAGGGAGAGAAACAGUCAUCGGCUGCUUGUGGCACUGGUUGGCGACAGCCUUUUAGAGCCUUUUUGGCCAAUGGGAACUGGCAUCGCUCGAGGUUUCCUGGCUGCCAUGGAUUCAGCCUGGAUGGUACGUAGCUGGGCACAAGGAGCCAGUCCGCUGGAAGUGCUGGCUGAGAGGGAGAGUAUUUAUAGGCUCCUUCCUCAGACUACACCAGAGAAUGUCAGCAAAAACUUUAACCAGUACAGCAUUGACCCAACCACCCGUUAUCCCAAUGUCAACCUGCAGUUUCUGCGACCCAGCCAGGUGCGACACUUGUACAACACGACAGAAAUGAAGGAUCCUAACCUGGAAAUAAGCAAUCUUGUUAAUGCACAAAGAACACCAAAACUUGGCAGAAAUGAGUCAGUGGCUCGCUCCAGUAAGCUGUUGGGAUGGUGUCAAAAGCAGACUGAAGGUUACGCUGGGGUCAACGUUUCUGACUUAACAAUGUCCUGGAAAAGUGGUCUUGCGCUCUGUGCCAUUAUCCACCGCUAUCGCCCGGAGCUCAUAGAUUUUGACUCUCUGGAUGAGCGUGAUGUGGAGAAGAAUAACCAGCUGGCAUUCGAUAUCGCAGAGCGGGAGCUGGGUAUCUCUCCGAUCAUGACCGGGAAGGAGAUGGCAUCUGUUGGGGAGCCGGACAAGCUUUCCAUGGUGGUUUACCUUAGCCAGUUCUAUGAAAUGUUCAAGGAGACCUCCGGAUCUGAUUCAGACAAUGCCGAUCCAAAUGCAGACGAGAAGGCUGCUCUCCUUGCCGCUGCCAAAUCUCCCAUCUCUUUUCUGAGCAAGUUGGGUCAGACAAUCUCUCGGAAGCGUACUCCUAAGGUAGGCUGCUGA